GCGAGCAGGCUGACUGAGGAGCAGACGUGGUGGGCUUUGCAUGUGCAUGCUGGCGGUCACUGUGUUGUAGGCUACCCGCACUGUCUGAAUGGGGCAUGUUAUAGGCUUUCACCGCAAAUCAUCAGUCAUUGUUAGGCAACAGACGCUCAGGGGGUUAAUUGUCGGUCUGAUCCAGAUCAUUUGUCCCUGAAGACAAUUUACUCGAGUUAAUCUGAACGGAAUCGAUGCAGCUGGUUCGGUCUAAUUUUAACCGGGUUGGUUAUUCUUGUACAGUUUAUAAUACAGUGCUGCGCAGCGCCAUCUGAUUGACAUAACCGUCUUUUUACUCUUACCGCUGGUAAACCACGAUGGAGGUCCCUGCCGAGAAUUCAAAAAUACCAUCUGAUGAAAGAGAUUAUGCUCUGAAACCCUUAGAUGUCAAGCUGGUCACCGAGAAAGCUGCGGGAGCGCAGCCGCAGAGACCCACAUGGAGUGGGCGGCUGGAGUUCAUCUUCGCGUCGGUGGGGUACGCGGUGGGGCUGGGUAAUGUCUGGAGGUUUCCCUACCUGUGCUACAGCAGCGGCGGAGGUGCCUUCAUGAUCCCUUAUCUCACCAUGGUGAUCCUGUGUGGCGUUCCUCUGCUCCUCAUGGAAUUUGCUGUUGGGCAGUACACUCAUUUAGGGCCCGUGCAUGCUUUCGCCAAAAUCUGUCCCUUGUUCAAAGGUGUUGGUCUAGCCACAGUCGUUAUCUCCUUUGUGUACUCCACGUAUUACAAUGUGCUCAUGAGCUGGGCACUUUACUAUUUGUACAACUCGUUCCGAGCGACCCCCCCCUGGACGUCCUGCAACAACACCUGGAACGCCGUCGGAGACUGCUCCAGCGGUUUCUCCGGCAACAACACCCACGUGGAGUCGGCCAGCCAACAGUUCUUUGAUCACAGGCUUCUGGAGAAAACCAGUGGCAUUGGAGAAGCUGGUGGCCUUCGCUGGGAACUCUUUGGCUGUCUCGUUAUUGCCUGGGUCAUCGUGUAUUUGUGUAUAUUUAAAGGAGUCAAAUCCACUGGCAAGGUUGUGUAUUUCACCGCUGUGUUUCCUUACUUCAUCCUGUUUGCCCUGCUCAUUAAUAAUGUGCACCUUCCUGGAGCCAAGACUGGUAUCCUGUACUUUGUGACACCUGUCUGGAGCAAGCUGUUUGAAGUGAAGGUUUGGGUUAAAGCAGCCGCUCAGGUGUUUAACUCCAUUGGAAUAGCGUUCGGCUCCAUGGUGUCGAUGGCCAGUUACAACAAGUUCAACAACAACAUUCUCAGGGAUGCUUUGAUUGUGUCAUUUACCAACUCAUUCACGAGUAUCCUGGCCGGCUUUGUGAUCUUCUCAGCUAUUGGCUACAUGGCGCACAUACACAACCUCCCAGUGGACAACAUAGCCACAGAUGGUCCUGGUUUGGUGUUUGUCGUGUACCCUGAAGUCCUCUCCACCAUGCCCGUCCCUCAGCUGUGGGCCCCUCUGUUCUUCUUCAUGCUGCUGUGUCUGGGCCUGGACAGCCAGUUUGCCACAGUUGAGGUCGCCAUCACUUUCAUAAAAGACGAGUUUGGCCCCCAAGUUCUGCGCUUCAUAAAGAGGGAAGAGCUGCUGACCCUGGCUGUGUGCAUCGUUUGCUUUGUCCUGGGGAUUCCUCAUAUUACUAAGGGGGGUAUCUAUGUGUUUCAGCUGAUGGACCACUACACCGCUGUGGUGUCCCUCGUCUUCCUGGCUUUCUUUGAAGUUGUAGCUGUUUGCUGGAUCUUUGGUGUCCCAAGAAUCACCUUAAUGAUCAAGAGGAUGCAGGGAAAAACUCCAAACAUCUACUUUCGUGUCUGCUGGCUGCUGCUCUGUCCUAUGUUGGUGCUGUGUAUACUGACCUCCAGCAUUGCCCAGUACUCUCCUGUUCAGUAUGGCAAGUACACAUACCCAUUGUGGGCUGAAUAUGUGGGCUGGUGUGUCUCACUGGUCUCCAUAGUGUGGAUCCCACUUGGAGCCAUUCAUGAGAUGUAUAACAACAAAGGCUCUUUCCUUCAGAGACUGAGAACAGCUGUGACCACCACAAUAGACCUGGAUGCGGAGGAUUACCUGCCGGAAAAACAAAACCUGGACAACCCGGCUUCUGAAACCUUGUUUACUUCAGUGGCAUGACCAGGAAUACAGCCAAAGCCUGUCUGUACAAACCAAACCCUGUGAUAAGGCGUUUAAUGAAAGAUGCUCUAUAGUAAUGUGAAGUGCUGCAUUUGCAGUCUUUAAGUUUCUUUCACAAAAUGAUAAUUCUAACCUAUUUGUUUUACCAAAGGAUGAACUCUUUACUCUAUCUUAGGCCCAUGGUACAUUUAUGAGUUAUUAUGAGUGAUCCUGUGCCCUGUCUAGACGACGCAGGUGCUCAUUCCAACCAAAGAUAGAAAUUUAAAAGAUUAUUCCUCCGCUUCGGUAAAUCGGGACAAAUAUGCAGUGACGUUUUCUCUUGCAUUGUGUGAUAAAUGUUAUCGCAGUGAGCUUGUGUGGUGUGAGAGUGUAUUACUCAUCUGUGGCAGAGGCAAUCAGGAACUUAUCAGCUUAUUAUCUCACCACAUCUGUAGACUCCUUCAAAGGCCUAUUGUCUCAGUCGAACACAUCACAAAGGAGUUGAAGCGGCCGGUCCCAUUUUAUAGUCUCCCCCAAAUGCAGCCGUCUUUGUCCACAGUGUCAAACACACACACUGUGUUGUUCUGUUGAUAAUGUGGCGUUCAGGUACUCUACAUGUGAAGCUGAGAAACCUCAGAUGACCUUAUCAUAUGUGCUGAGUGUUUUGUUUCACCUCAAGAGACGGAUAAUAAGCACUGCCAUGUGUAAAUAAUAAGAGUUAGAUAUAACCUCUGCACUGUUUGGUCUUGAUAGCAGCCUGGAUGUGUUGUUUAUCUUGAGACAUUUUUGACCUCUGACUCAUUUGGAAGGAGGAGCAGGUUCAGGACCCAGAGAGCUUGUCAGCCUCCUGAACUGGGACACAUGAGGCUGAAUAGGAGAGGGAUGCAGAAAAUGACAUUUAAGUGUUGGGAGAUAAUUUAGCCUGUGAUUUCCAUAACUUUCCUGUGCCUGAACACCAUUCGCAUAAAAACCUUGAGCACACAUAGGCAGAGGUGUUCAAAUAAAAACAAAAGCACGCACAUAAACAACCAAACAAAUCCAAUUUUUCUUUAAAUUACAGACAUAAAUGUUCUACGUCUACUUCAGUUUGUGAAUUUCUCUCAAAUGCAUUGUGUCGAGAUUUCAGAUUUUCCUGCAAAACUUCACAAAUACUUGACCAUCUCUGGUGUUCACUUCCCUGACAUACAGUAGUGGGUUAGUGAUUGAUGUGAUCAGGGUAGCAGGUUAAUGUUAUACUUGUGUGUACUGAGUUCAGAUGAAGGAGAAUCGGUGCUUGGAUUUUGUCCGAUCUCUCCAGGUUGAGAAAUGAGUUAAAUAUAUUAGAGCAGGCAGCUCUUGAAGAAUUGUAGAGAUUAUAAGAGGUGCCUUUGAUCCCUGUCUAUAAAGAUGAAUUGGGCUAAUGAGGGCAGAUAAUCUUCAGGAGGGCAGCAUUUAUCUGGUAAUCUGGUAGUUCUCCAUUCAGACUUCUAUACUCUGCUGACCCAAAGCCUGCAGUUAAUCACUGACUGUUUUAUCUCACACUUCUGAAUGGACAAGAGGUCAAAAAGUUCACUUUGGUGGAAACAUAAUUUAUUCUAACUUUGAGAUUGUACAGUAGUGUUGAGUCAUGUUUUUUUUAAUGAUUGACCUCCUGUCUGUGAGAGCAGGUCUAGUUUAUAGUUGGAUUGUACCAGAUGAAAACCAGAUUGAAAGUCUAAAUUCUACCCAUCAGGUGGAGAGAAGGGUUCAGUCAGUGUUGGAGCUGUAAGAUUUGGGUUCAUGUAUUAUGUAGACAAUCUAACUCAGCUUGAAACGAUCAGAGGAGUUUGUGUAAAUGGGGAAGUCACACUUACACUCAGAUUGUCUAAAAUCUUGUGCAUUAUUGGCCUUUUCUGUCUUACUUAUCAGACGAACCCUCAGUCAGGAGUGCCUUUUAUCCAAUGUAACAAACACAUGCUCUGAUAAUAAAAAACAUAGGAGUUUAAAAUGAUGCAAGGGACACUUUGAGAUAUUUUUCAACAAUGAUACAUGCAUUUUACACCUUAUCUCUAUUUAAAGGUGGAUCUUCUGUCACUCCAGUUUUGUAUUUGUUUUCAUGUUUGUGCAAGAAACUGACCUGUAGAAAAUAAUUGAUCUGGAGUUUAAAGAGUCAUGCUUCACAAGAGAAGCAUCUUGUUUCAUGGAACUUGAUGUUACCCGCCUGAAGUGCCUUUCAUGUUUAGAAAAAAAAUAGUAAUCAAAACAUUUUUGCAUAUGUUGUAUAUGUUAUACACAACUGCAUAUGUUGUUGUAAGCUGCUUCAUUUUACUUUGUCAUGAAUUGUGUCAACUGUUUAAAUGUGCAUAAUGAUUCAGAAGCUUUUUCAUCAUAAUAGGUCCCCGUUUACACUUUUUAGUAUUUGGACUUUUAAUCUGAACUAAAAUACAAAUUUAAUGGGCUGUUAACACAAUCAUGUUUUUAAAAACAUGAUAAUAAGUCUGGGUUAUUUGAACCAUGCACCAUGAUGUUGGUUUUCAUGUGCAGAUUUCACUAAUUAGUGUGAGCUGAUCGUCUCUGCUUGAAGCGUGAUUGAUCAGUGAUGUCAGCUGCAGUAGUUUGUCGCUGAAUAAAAACCUGGAGACUCUCUUUGCUCCAUGAAACACGACUGCCCCUCAGAUAUCCUCUCAUCUCACAAAGCACAAUUCAAAUCUCACUGCUGCCAUGUAAUUUGUUACAGUUCUAUGUUUAUUCCACUGUAGGUUAGUGAGCACAGAAAGACCUGCAGAGGCCUCACAUUCACACACUAUGACAUGCUAAUCAGACCUUAUACAAAACAGCUAUAUAUUUGUAAGAAGUGUUUUCUCAUGUUUCAUGUUUAACAAAAUCCUACAAAUCCACAAUCUUCUAAAUGUUGAUUUUUCAUAUCAAUAACUGUGUUUCUUACUCUUUUUUUUAAUCAUAUUUCUACUGUGUUGUGGUUUCUGGUGUCUAACAUUAAAUAAUAAG